GUCCAUUUCUCUGCCAUUGAACUAUCACGAUAUCAUUCAUAAAACAUAGAGAAACCACUCAUUCAAAGCUCAAACUACAACAUUUGUUAGAAGUUUCCAAAACCCAUCCUUUUAUAGUUUUAUUCUUACAAAAACUAAAUAGAGAUAUUUUGUACGUCUUUUUUAGUACAAACACAACUAAAGGUGCCAACAGUUUUCGGCCGUUGAGUAAACUGAACUCUGAAACUCUUCAUCCGAAUGUACUUUUGUCACGACUAAAAACCAAAACCUCCCAAUUCAAAGCGGAUUACCUCCGGCCACCAGCCGAUCAUGGGGACUGCAAAUUUGUUACUUCAUUUUUCCUUCUUCCAACGUUGUUGGAGGCCAUUCCGGUCAACGGAAAACUCCGCAAAGGAAAAAUCAAAAACUAAAAAAACACAACAAAUUUAAGGUGGCCGGCCAUCUCUAGAAUGCACGCAACCUCGGACUAGGAGGUCCGGCGCAAUUUAGCACUCGCCUCCCCUACGCUCUUAAUUUGCACACCAAAUUACGCACGCAAUGCAUCAUCCUCAUAUACACACACACAUAUAUAUGCUCCGCAUCAUAUAGAUACACUUCUGUGUAUGUAUAUAUCAAUAUCAAUUUACAGUACACAUUUUCUCAUUUCCUCACCAAAUUUCCUGCAAAAUGGAUAUCUUCAAUGCUUGCAAGAUUAUUUUUUGUGUAAAUUUAUAUACUCAAUAAACGAUUUCGUCUCGUUUAUUUUUACUCUUCCUCUCUCUCUCAUCGGUUGAAGCAGAUUUCAUCAGAAUUUCGUGUGAACAGAGAUCCCCAUUCAUUCCUCUGUUUUUCAACGUUCUCUCAGAUCUUCGUCGUCAAUUGCAGAGCUCCUGUUCCGGCGCAGAGCCUCUCCGCUGGUUUGAAUUUCUCUUGUUCUGAAUAUUUAUCCGAGGAUUCCCGGCGGCUUCUUCGUUUUUAAGCUUUGAAUCCUCAAUUUUUAGUUAGGGUUCCGGUUCGAAUUAUUCGUGGAUUGGGGGUAAAGUAUUGGUCGGAGAUGAUAAUCAAGCGCAGCUUAAAAUCGGUAAUGCCGAAUUUAAAGAGGUGCCGGAUUAGUGACUCGGGGGGAGAUGAUGACGAGGGAUAUAGAAUUCGCAAGAGGAGGAAAGAAACCAAUAAGAAUGGGUAUUACCCGCUGCGCCUGCUCGGGGAAGUCGCCGCCGGUGUUAUUCCCUAUCAUGGGUUUGGUCUGCCGCGGGUUGGGGCAGAGGGAGGCAAAGAAUUCACUGAGGUAUCAUAUUGCGAGGAUGAGGGGGAUAAGAAGUUGAAGAUGAAAGAGAGCAUUAACAGAGUGCAGGAGGUUGCCAGGCCUCCACUUGUGAGGACUUCUCGAGGGAGGGUACAGGCACUGCCUUCUCGCUUCAAUGACUCUGUUCUUGAUAACUGGAAGAAAGAAAAGAGUAAGGCUACCACAGUAGAAGACUUGACUUGGGACCCUGAAUUCACUCCACAUAAAGAAAAAAACAGUAAAAUCCGUAGCGAAGUUGGAAAUAAGAAGCGGGUGAGUGAUCAUUUGAACUAUCAAUUAAGUAAGCGCUCGCCAUUGUUGGACUAUGAAACAGUGGAAUAUGAGAUCAACGAGUCAAAAAGAAGUUUUGAUGUUCGGAAGUUUCCUAAUUCCAGGAGUUCACUAAUGUCAAUACAUGAUCGGUCCUCGAAAGCAGAUAAGGAUCUGAAUGAAGACUUUGAAGAACGUGCAGAACUAAGUUGCGUUGAGGCAUUGGCCAUGUGUGAGGGAGAGAGAAUGUCCCAUAGAUUUUUGCCUGAGAACUUUGAGUCUGGUGACAUAGUUUGGGCAAUAUCUGGGAAGCACUGCCCAGCUUGGCCUGCAAUUGUCCUUGAUCCCAAAACACAAGUCCCCCAACAAGUUUUAAACUUUCGGGUUGUCGGCACGGUGUGCGUAAUGUUUUUUGGUUACUCUGGCAAUGGAACACAGAGGGACUAUGCGUGGAUUCGUCGUGGGAUGAUAUUUCCUUUUCUAGAUUACGUGGACAGGUUUCAGGGACAGACCAGCUUGAAUGAUAGCACGCCUGGUGACCUUAGGUCUGCUAUUGAAGAAGCUUUUCUUGCUGAAAGUGGAUUUAACGAGAUGCUGAUGGUUGAGAUCAACGCGGUAGCUGGAAAUCUUGAUUAUCUCCAGUCUAUUACGAGAGGGGUUUUCGAGAUAUCUGAGUCAAAUCAAGAUGUUGAAUGCAAUUCACUAAACAAGGAUUUGUUGAUGAAAAAAGAAGCAGAUUCCUGCGAGGCAUGUGGUUCAUAUAUCCCUCCCAAAGUGUCCAGGAAAGUAAAUGAUUCGGCUCCUGGAAGCAACCGCUUAUGUCCAGCUUGUGCAAGGCUGAAGAAAAUUAAACAUUAUUGUGGCAUUUGCCAGAAGAUUCGUAAUCCCUCUGAUAGUGGGACAUGGGUACGUUGUGAUGGUUGCAAAGUUUGGGUGCAUGCUGAGUGUGACAAAAUCUCAAACAGUAAUUUCAAGGAACUAGGAAACACAGAUUACUAUUGUCCUGAAUGCAAAGCAAGGUUUAAUUUUGAACUAUCUGACUCAGAAAAUGUGAAUUCAAAAUCCAAAAAUAUAAAAAAGGACAGCCAAGUUGUGCUACCUGACAAGGUUUCUGUUGUCUAUGCUGGUGUGGAUGGCAUUUAUUUUCCAAGACUUCAUCUAGUUGUGUGCAAAUGUGGGUAUUGUGGAACAGAAAAGCAGGCACUUAGUGAAUGGGCCCGUCAUACAGGUUCGAAAACCAAAGAUUGGAAGACCAGUGUCAAGGUGAAAGGUUCUUUGCUACCGCUGGAGCAAUGGAUGCUACAGAUAGCAGAGUAUCAUGAACGGAGUGGUAUUCCAUCCAAACCUAUAAAACGUCCAUCUUUGAAAGUUAGAAAGCAGAAACUUCUCACUUUUCUCCAAGAAAAAUAUGAGCCUGUUUAUGCGAAGUGGACCACAGAAAGAUGUGCAGUAUGUCGAUGGGUUGAAGACUGGGACUAUAACAAAAUCAUCAUAUGCAAUAGGUGUCAAAUAGCUGUGCAUCAAGAAUGCUAUGGAGCAAGAAAUGUCCGUGAUUUUACAGGAUGGGUUUGCAGAGCAUGUGAGACGCCUGAUAUUGAGCGCGAGUGUUGCCUUUGUCCUGUGAAAGGAGGUGCUCUAAAACCCACAGACAUGGCUCCGUUGUGGGUUCAUGUUACUUGUGCUUGGUUUCAACCUGAAGUUUGCUUUGCUAGUGAUGAGAAAAUGGAACCAGCUGUUGGAAUUUUGAGAAUUCCUUCAAACUCUUUUGUGAAGAUAUGUGUCGUCUGCAAGCAAAUACAUGGCUCCUGCACACAAUGUUGCAAGUGUUCUACAUAUUAUCAUGCUAUUUGUGCCUCAAGGGCGGGUUACCGCAUGGAGUUGCAUUGCUUGGAGAAAAAUGGGAAACAAGUAACAAAAAUGGUUUCGUAUUGUGCAUACCACAGGGCGCCAAAUCCCGAUACAGUUUUAAUCAUUCAUACUCCGAAAGGAGUCUUCUCUGCUAGAAGUCUUGCUCAGACCAAACAUUCAGGUUCGCGCUUAGUACCAACAAGCAGAUUGGCGCUUGAGGAAGCUCCAGCAGCUGAGAUUAAUGAAAUGGACCCAUUCUCAGCUGCAAGAUGCCGUGGCUAUGAACGACUGAGGGAUAAGAGAACAGGAGAAGAACCCAUAUUUCACCGGGUGAUGGGUCCACGUCGUCAUCCUUUUGCUAAAUUACAAAGCUUGAAUCCAAUAAAAGAAGUGACGGAGCCCAAGACAUUCUCUACCUUCAGAGAGCGGCUUCGCCAUUUGCAGAGAACAGAAAACGACCGAGUUAGCUUUGGCCGAUCUGGCAUACACAGAUGGGGCCUGUUUGCGCGCCGAAACAUUCCAGAAGGAGAAAUGGUUCUUGAGUAUCGCGGUGAGCAGGUCAGACGAAGUAUUGCUGAUCUUAGGGAGGCAAAAUAUCGUGUUGAGGGAAAAGAUUGCUAUCUUUUUAAGAUAAGUGAGGAGGUUGUGGUGGAUGCUACAGAUAAGGGGAAUAUUGCACGCUUGAUAAACCAUUCCUGCAUGCCAAACUGCUAUGCAAGGAUUAUGAGUGUUGGUGAUGAUGAAAGCCGGAUUGUAUUAAUUGCAAAGACGAAUGUGUCUGCUGGUGAUGAGCUAACGUAUGAUUACUUGUUUGAUCCGGAUGAAUGUGACGAGCUCAGAGUGCCUUGUUUGUGUAAAGCUCCAAAUUGCAGAAAGUUCAUGAAUUAGGCUUACUGGGUGAGUGAUUGCUGUUUUUCUCCUCAAGGAGCUCUAACCAUCUGGAUUGCCUUCCCGACGUCAUACUUCCGUGCAUACCAGUUUUUGCCUCUUCUCCGGCGUAUUAGCUCAUCUAUUAAUUAGUUUUUGUUGAUGCGGGAGGCUUGUUUUAUAAAUUAUAGGCUUACCAUAUGUAGAAGGUAGGUUGUUUAUUGGGGGAGGGGGCAUUUUGUAUAGAUUUAAUUUGUUGUUUAUUGUGACUGAAUGAAUGAUUAAAGUGAACAGUUUCCUCAUAGAGAUGUAUACAAAAACAGUGGGGUGAGGGGAGGAGGUGGCUUGCUUGAUUUUAUAGUAUGCCUUUUUCCCCUUAUUCUACUAUGUUUAGUUGAAGUUUGUCAAAGACUCAAAGUAUGCUUCUAAC